UUCCUCCUCGCCCGGUGACACCUCAUGACGACCUCGACCGAGCAGCAGCUCGUGAGCCCGUGUGUACAAACUGGGCAUCAAAACACUGGAUAAGGUUGUUUUUCAGUGGGUUUCACCUCCCCAGACGGUCCGAAGAUGCUGAAUACGUUCUCCGUGCUUUCGCCUCACCUUAAGUUUAAGUACAAGUUUGUGACGAUCGACAAUUUGGCGUUCAAGUUUCACUACCGUGCGACGUUUAUCAUUCUGCUCGUGUGUACGCUGCUGGUGACAUCGAGACAGUACAUCGGAGAGCACAUCCGGUGUAUUACGGGCGGUUCCAUCCCGGAGCAUGUCAUCAACACGUUCUGCUUCUUCACCACCACCUUCACCGUCAUCCGGCACUACAAUGAGUCGCUGUUGCAGGAUGGGGUGCUUCCGCAUCCGGGCGUCGGUCCAAUGUACACCGAGGAUCCGGUAAAGCAUCACGCCUACUAUCAGUGGGUUCCGUUCAUUCUCUUCCUGCAGGCGCUCACGUUCUACGCACCCCACAUGCUGUGGCGUGUAAGCGAAGGCGGUCGGUUGAAGAAUCUCGUCGACGGGUUGCACAUGGCGCACCUUAGCGAGCACUACACGGCCAAGGCGAACAUUACGAUCGGACCGAAGUAUACGCUGCUUUCACGGGACACCGUCGACGCCAAGCUGCGCACGGUGAAGCGUGAAUUCUCGAACCACUUCAUGGUCCAGCGCCACUGGGCGUCGCGACACAUCUUCUGCGAGGUGCUGAACCUGCUCAACUGCAUCCUGCAGAUCGUGUUCACCAACAUCUUUCUCGGGCGCAAGUUCUGGAACCUGGGGCCGAGCUUCCUGGAGGAAGACUUUACCGGCAAGAUGGACGUGCUCGAUACGGUGUUCCCGAAGGUGACCAAGUGCCACUUCUACAAGUACGGUCCGACCGGUUCGAUCCAAAAGCAUGACGCCCUGUGCAUAAUGGCACUGAACGUGAUUAAUGAGAAGAUUUUUACCUUCCUCUGGUUCUGGUACGUGGUGCUGUUCUGUGUGGCCGUUCUGGCGAUCGUUUGGCGCAUGCUAACGCUACUCCUGCACAAUAGAUCCUACAAGUUUACGGCACUGAUCUUGUCGUUUGCCAGCCCGGGACGGUUAAACCCACAGGAUGUGGAGAUCAUUACCAAACGGUUGCGCUUCACCGAGUGGCUGUUCCUGUACUAUCUUGCCAAAAACAUGGAUGCGCAUCUGUUCCGCAAAGUGUUGCGCCAAAUAACGGACGAGCUAAGACACCCGAAGGAGGACGAGGAUGACGAGCAUGACGACGACGACGACCACCACCGCCAUCAUCGUGGCAUCGAUACAGUUGAUGGUCACCAUAACGACGAUGAUAGUGACAUAGAGAUGGUUAAGCUGCGGUACGAGCAUGACCAUAAGAAGGCCUAAGCAAAGCAAUGGCGCGGCGGGCAGGGCAGAAGCAGACGUUUCUAACAAAAGUAUUAUAAUUUUAACUUUAAUUGGACAUUAUUUAGGAAUAAAAGACUCAUCCAAACACCGAA